GCUAGUUCACUUUCACUUUCAUUUUUUUUUUCAUUUCAUAAAUCUGGCAAACGAAACAAGAAAAUUUGUUUACUUUUUUUUUCUGUUUUCUGUUCGUUUCCAACUCUAAAAACAUAAAGUGGUAGCAUACUGCUGUUUUCGAAAACGACAAAUGUUAUUUUAACCAGUUUUCAACAUCUGCCUUGUCGUAUUUUUAACAAUUUUUUUCUUUGAGUUUUAACGAUUUGUCUUCGUCUUAUUGAUGAGGUGAAAUAUUUGAAUGACAUUACUCAUAAUUAACUUUUUAAUAUUUUUAUUUUAAUACUAAGUUUUCUCUUUACCUAACUUUGGCAGCGUUGGUGAACGAGAAUUUGGUCUGGAGAUCGUGUUUGGAAGCGAGUUUUGGCAAUAUGGAACAGGUUUCGUCGGUAAUUUUUUUGGUAGUGGUGGUAAUAGCAGUAGUCAGGUUUCACCAGUAAUAGUAGUUGGGGUACUUACGGUGACCGGGGAAGAUUGGCGGAUUUCAUCAUGGUGGUGGUCAGUGGCGGAUCCAGGAUUGUUGAAGAAGAGUGGGGUGUCGCCGAUAAAAAUUAUAAUAAAUAAAAUAAUUAAAUAAAAAUAAAAAUUUAAUAGAAAUCAAUGGAAAUUCAUUUAUAAGUUGACAACGUCAUGUUUACUACGAAUUAUCACCAUUUUUCAUAUCCUAAUUAAAAAAAAAAAAUACAUUCAUCACUUAUGUUGCAAAUCAAACAUUUUUCGAUAUACACAACUACAUAAUCAUUAAUAAAUUAGUCACUCAAUCAAAGAGAAUCGACCCACAUCUAAAAUAAAAGUUAAAAUAAAUUAGUUUACAAUCAAAUAUAGUAAACCACGAUCUACCAAUUGACAAUUUUAGACAAAACAAAGUAUGCCUAAAGUAAUAUCAUUAGCAUCUUUUCUCUAGUUCUACCAAAGUAACCAAACUCAAACCACAAUCUCCCAUAAAUCUACGCAAUUCACCUAUUAACUACAAAUUGACAAGUUAAAUUGGUUUGUGGGUUACUUCAAACAAGCAUGCUUAUUUGAUUUUACUUAUUAUUGUUAAUUACUAAUUAUGAUGAAUAACUUUCUAACAUUAAAACUAUUGUCGUAGGGAUAACAAUCAAACCCAUGGCCACGGGUACCGGACCGUCCCCGACCCAGUCAACGUGGGGAAUCCCCGCUUUGACCGGAUGUGGGGCGGAUAUGGGUAAAACCCGCAAAAGGUUUGAUGGGUAUGGGGCGGGUAUGGUUUUAGCCUCCCCCGCCCCAUACUCAUACCCAUACCCGCCCCACCAAGAGAAUUUCUUCACAUAUACAAAAAUAUGUGGAUCAAAUUGUAAUCUAUCAAUUGUUAUGAGGAUAACUCGAGGAAUAAAUAAUAGAAAUGCAAUUGAGUGACUACCUUAAUUAAAUUCAUUUCCUUCAAUUCUCCUUUCACUCUUUCACUUUCCCCCUGGUCAACAAGAUUAUGUUAGUUAAUUAUUAGGGUUAUAGGUAUAAUAUGCCCCUCUACUAUGACGUUUUAUCAAACAUACCCCCUCUACUAUUUUUUACAUCAAACAUGCCCCUGUAAUUUGGAAAAACUAUCAAACAUGCCCUUCAGUUGAAAUUUCCAUUGAAAAAAUCGUCAAUCAUGGUUGAACCGAGAUUUAGACGACCUGACAUCGAUAAAUGGGAGGGGAAAUAUCAGUUUUGACCCUUGUUUUAUUUCUCUAGGUCAAGUGAAAUUAUUAGAAUUAUUUGGCUAUACAAAAGAACAAAAAAAACUCUAAAGUGAAAUUAUUAGGGAUAUUUUAGAUAUUUGGGUCGCCCAAACCAAAGUUCGGUCUUGGUUAACGGUUUUUGGAUGGAAAUUUUAACAAAAGGGCAUGUCUGAUAAGUUUUCCAAGUACAGGGGGCAUGUUUGAUGUAAAAAAUAGUAGAGGGGCAUGUUUGAUAAAACGUCAUAGUAGAGGGGCAUAUUAUACCUAUAACCCUAAUUAUUACUUAGUAGAUGUAUGAGAACAUAAUAAGUUGAAAAAUAUUAUAUUCUAUAUUAUGUAUUAAAGAAUGUUUUAGGAUCAUAUUCUUUGAACUGUAUUAAGAAAAUGACUGUGUUUUGUUGACUUCGUGAUAUAAUAAGUUCGUUUAGAGUUAUAGUUAAAACUUUUCUUGUAAGUUUUAGGUAUAAUAAUGUUGGAUGUACGGGUAUGGGUAUUACCCAUGGGUACCCGAAACCCACGGGUAUGGGGAUAGGUUUGCAAAACAUUCUCCCGCAUGGGUAUGGGGCGGGUAUGUGUUUGGAUAUUUGGGGAUGAGGAUGGUUUAGACAAACCCGCCCCAAACCCGCCCCAUUGCCAUCCCUAAUUGUCGCAUAGUGAAGUUGUGUCGCUUAUAUUAGAGCGGUGUUGGAAGUUUCAAAUUAAAUUUUUUAUACAAAAAAAUGGAGAUCCUUCACAAAAUUUUCGGGCGGAGGGAUGUCGGACGACAACACCUUCCCUAGCCAUAGGUCCGCCCCUGGUGCUGGUGGGAUGGAAUUUAUUGUGAUAAUGGGUUGGAAUUUUGAAAAUAUUUAGUUUUUUUAUUAAUUUUUAAUUGUCACGUCACUUAUUUAACGGUCAACUCUCAAAGUUAACUGCCAUGUCAGAUAAUGUUAACGAAGACUAAUGGAGAGUGACCAAACUUGAAAUGAAGUACUAAUUUUAGUGACUUCAGAUGAAAUAAAUUAAUUUUAAUGACAAACAUAAAUUUUAUAAGUAAUUCCAGCGACCAAACUAACAAUUUAUCAGCAAAAUGUCUGUUGCAAGUUCUCUUCUUGCAGUUGUAUUUUAUUUUUAUCAAUGUUUCUUAUCUAUUCUUCCUAGCAUGAGUGUACACGGUUGGUCAUGUAAUUUGCUUCGUGGCCCUCCUAGGCUCCUACGCUCUCUGAAGGUUUCUCGUUUGGUUUUCCCCCGAGUGAAGCUGAAAAUGUCAUGUCACUUAUGCUUGUCUUUUUGCAAGUGCAGUGGAUGCCGCCGUCUAAGGUUCAUUCCGGCGAUGGAACCUUGGCUUGCGCUUUCUAGCUAUAAAUAAAGGCAAUCUUAUACCCUUCAUGUCCAAACAUAUAUAGAAGAUAAAAACAAAGAAGCUUUUGGUUAGCUAUAGCAAUUAGCACAUACAUUCUUCAAAGAGUACUUUCAUUAAUACUGAUUCUACCAUACCAUGGCCAAGCCCAAAAUGCUGCUGAAACAAUAUUCCCUCUUCUCCGUUCUGAUCACCCUCUUCCUCUUCGCCAUUCUACUUUCCGAGGCUAGAUUAAUGUCAUCGCAUCCUUUCUCGACGGAACUGUCGGCAAAAGCUAUGGCGCUGAAGAAUGAGAAGCUGACCCACCUCCAUUUCUACUACCACAACCUCCUUGCCGGCCCAAACGCUACGGCCCUGCCUCUCAACCCUAAAGGCCCUCUAGAUUACAGCCAUCCGGCCCGUUUGUUUGGGGGGUUAAUCAUGGCGGACAACCCUUUGACGUUGGAUCCAGAGCUCGACUCCACCGCGGUGGGACGCGUUCAGGGGCUAUACGGCGUCGCUUCCAGGACUGACGCGGCUCUUGUGGAGUUGUUCAACUUUGUGUUUACGGCCCAUGGUGGUGAGUACAGAGGAAGCACCGUCACUGUGUUGGGACGCAACCCCAUACUUGCCGCCGGGACAAGGGAGAUGCCGGUCGUCGCCGGUACCGGAGUGUUCGGCUUCGCUCGUGGAAAGGUUCAUCUCAAAACGCAUUCCUUUAAUGAAACAACGGGAAAUGCAGUCGUGGAGUGUGACAUCUACGUGUUUCACUAUUGAUCGACUUAUGAUUGUUGUUAUCACUAUUGUUAUGUUUGGUUUUUUUUUUCUUCAGGAAAUAAUUCUCAUGUUAAAUUUCAGUGUUUUUAAUCGCUCGUUGGUGUUAAAGAUUGGCGGCUAUGUAUCUGUCUGUAGUAUUUCUUGUCAAUGUGAAAAAUAAGUUCUAUGGGCCUUCUGAUUGACUAUUAGAUAAGGGAGGAAGCAUGAGUGUGAUCCUAAUACAGUGUGAGUUAUAGUAUGAACAGGGUUUGAUUUUGAUUGGGUAUGAAUUAUAUCGUGUUGGUUGAUUAGAAUUUAUUUGGCUGCUUUUAUCAUCGAUGAGUUGAACUGAAAUAGUUGUUUGGAUAUUUUGGACAAAAAGUUUUAUUAACAUAAAUGAAGUAAUUGUUAUGUUAAUGGUUCAAAGUGUUAAUUGUGAAUUCAUAAGUGCUAGGUCGUAUGUAACUUCGUAUACUUGUUUAAUGUAAGGGAUCGUUUCAUAAAAAAAAUGGUUAGAAUCCUUUCAUAAAUUAGUUGUCAACACAUGGACCAACCACUCAAGUAUUGUUGAAUCGUCAUCACUUUUAUCUAAAGAUCCUCAUAUUAAAUUAAUUCAAGUAAAGCAAAUACAUGCUUUUUCCUCCCAAAGUAGGAUGCCAAUAUAAAACAGAAACUCACAACAAAUGAUUGGGUAGGACAUCUAAUCAUAUAUAGAGGUUGCAUAUUACUUGCAUUCUUAGACCAAUUUUUUUAAGUGACAGUGGCUUGCUGACUAGACAAAACUAACGAUUUUUUGGAUGGAGAUGAACGAAAUUAGUUUUUUGUUAUUAGUCAAAAUAAAAGUUAUUGAAACGUGCUAAAUGAAAGAUUUGUGACCAUUUUGUACAAAAUGAAUAAGUUUGUGAGCUUUUAUGCUAAUAAUUAGCCCAUAAAAAAUGGGAGGACGUGUUUGUAAAAAGUAACAAAUUGAAGGAGUGUGACGAAAAAAGUCAAUAACCCCUUCUUCUCGUUCCCUUUUAGCCAAGGACGUGCAAAAGUUUUCUCAGGCCCAAGAUGAAGCAUAAAUAGUGGAGAGGAAUAAAUAAAAUAAAAUAAAAAAAACAAAGAAGGAAAAUAAACGAAGAAGGAAAUGGAAGGAGAAAAUGGAAGUCCAUUUCCAUGGUCACAGGAGGAAGGUAGGAGAAGAUGGAAAAGAAGGCAAGGGAGAGAGAGGGAGACGCCAGAUAUGGACAUGGGGGGAUUGAAUUGAGAAUUGAUUGCGCACAAAAUAAUAUGCAAAUUUUUUGUUUUUAAUUUUCUGACCAUUUUUUAUUUUUUAGAAAUGGGAACAACUUAAAAAACUCCAAAAACGCCUCCUCCUUCCUUCUUCCCUCACCUUUCUUCUUCUUAGUUCUUCCCUCUUUCCCAUCGCUGCAGAUUCGUUUAUUUACUUCUUUCCCUUUUCGUUUAUUUCUAAUCUCUCCCUCUCCUUCUGCUCCUUCCUCUUCUUGUUUCUUUCACCUUGCUGUAUACUGGAGCCCAACACCCUGUUUCAACUUCCCUUUCUCGCCCCCCAUCAUAAUAAUUGUACAGUUUCGAAUCUUUCCAGCGGUUAGCAAUUCACCCAGAUCAGUUCUGCCACCAAGUAAGAAAACCCAUUCCCCAAUUUCACUCCCUCCCCUAAUCUUCCUUGCCUGAUCGAUUCCAUUUAUUGCCAAUAGUUUCUUCGAUCGGAUGCAGCUGUGAUUACAGUUUUCUGGAACUGAGGGGUUCGUUUUCCUUUGUUGAUUAUGAUAUUUAGAGGGGGCGGAGAUGUGGUUUGUGGUAGAACCCAGUUCGCAGAAUUUUGUGGUUUUCUUGUUUUUUUUUUUAGUUUGCGACCUUUUCAGUUUCCUUCCUGUAUGCACAGUCUCUGUUUAUUUCUAUUAUUGUUUUUAAAUUCCAGGGUUUUCUUGUUUUGUUGCCUUGAAUUCAACUAGUAGCAGCGAUUAGAAUUUCAUAACAGGCAGAAAUCAAAGCAAUAGGUCAGCUGAUUAGAAUUGGAGCCAAUCAUGAUGGUUAGUUUUAGGGAAAUUUCAGAGUUUUGGUUGCUGAUUUUCACGUAUCAGGGAAUGAUUCCUUCCUUAGAAAUCCGAUUCUUAAAAUAUGUCCUUUAUUCAAGCUUACAUUUCUGGUUCCUAAAAUUUCCACUUGCAAGAUACUGAAGAAGACCCCCUUUUACGUAUUGUCUUUGGCAGGAAGCUAAACGAGUCAAGAGUCUUCAUCAGUCCUUUGUUUCCUAGAGAACACUACAAGGUUCAAAUUUCUUCUCCAGCUUGUUUGAGCUGUGGUUGGUUGAUAUUGGGAUAACAACAAAUCCUGUAGCUCCCUGGAUUCUGGGAACUCAGUUGUUGUUAAAUCCGCGAAGACAUGGCCGGUGUACAAGAUCAGUUAGAGAUCAAAUUUCGAUUGACAGAUGGAUCAGAUAUUGGUCCCAAAAGCUUUCCUACUGCAGCAAGUGUUGCAACUUUGAAGGAAACUGUUCUUGCUCAAUGGCCUAAAGGUAAUGCUAACAUCCAUUCUAUGCUUUAUAAGAAGUCAUGUUGUCUGUUUCAUUGUUCUUGUAUUGACAUUUAUUAUAGAAUGUGGGCUUAAGAGUUAAGAGGUCUUUGUCUACAGUUUCUUAUCAUUUGUUGUUAAAAAUUCAGAAAGGGAGAUAUUCAACUCCAAACAAAGAGCGCCAAGAUCACCUUGUCUAUGUUUAUACUGCAUAUUACUGCUCUGGUGCUUUGCUUAGCUGAAUCCUGGUUUUGCUAACCUUAAUAGUGGCUUUCCUUGGGCUCCUUGUAAAUAUGUUAUAAACGUUUUGGCUUCUCAUUGUUUUUUCAUGUUCUUAGCUUCCUCUCCCUUGAAGUGAUAAAAGGAAGUUGUUAUUGGUUUUAUUUUCUCGCUAUGGCAGUGGUCCACUAUGCGAAAAGAAACUGAUUCUCUUCGAGUUGAAUAAAAAAUUUAGUGGCAUCAAACAUGGAGCCAUGUAAUUGCCAUCAUAUCCUUUUUGGCCAUUGUGUUUUUUCUUCUCACAGUUGUUGAAGCCAGUCUCCUUGAUUCUUGUCCAGCCUCUACCUAUGAUAGGGUAACAUAAAAACAUACUAUACCGUGGAAGAAGCCAUUGACAAGUCUUUUCCCCUCUUACAGCCAAUCUGGAGUAGUCUGCUCGAUAACAUAAUGCCUUUUGAAUCGAAGCUGAUUUUGAUGAAUCGAGGCAGCUUCAGCUGUGAAUAAAAGAGGGGUUCACUUUUGUGUUAUUCUUCAUGCUCGGAGAACAUAAUUUCUUGUUGGAGUGGUGUAGGUCUUUUCAUUAUCGCUCAUUGCUGUAUUUGCAGAGAUCUCAAGUCUGUUGCUUUGCAUUUCACCUCAUUUAGUUAAUGGAUCAGAUUGGAUCAGAGAGAGUAUUAAGAUUUGUUGAUUGCCUUUUUCUAUCACAGAGAAAGAGAAUGGUCCACGGACGGUGAAAGAUGUGAAGUUGAUAAGUGCAGGAAGGAUAUUGGAGAACUCACGAACCAUAGGAGAAUGUCGCAGUCCUCUAUGUGAUGUUCCUGGUGGGGUCACAACCAUGCACGUAGUUGUUCAACCCCCAUCAACAGAGAAAGGUAGGAUUUUGUGUUCACUUCAAGAAACUCUGAUUCUGACAGAAGUUAUAUUUGCAUUUAAAGAAACUUCUCAAACCAUGGACAUCUCGUACUUUUUUGUAUGGAUUGAGAACCCCUUGCUUAUUAUUUGAGCUUGGUGAUGGUUCAUCUCACUUGGUGUUAAUCUUUGUGACUAUAAACAGGCUGCUAUUACUUCCUUUAUGGUAUUCUGUUGUAGCAUAGGCUUUAACAGUGUCAUGCAUUGCAUAACCAAUAAUCGAUCUCACUUCACUAGUUUCAGGCGACUUCUAACGCAUAAAUGUUUCUCUGGUAUUUGUUUUCUGGAUGUAGCAGAUAAAAAAGCAGCACACCUACCGAAACAAAACAAGUGUGUUUGCGUCAUUUUAUAAUUGGCUACAGUAAAUCAGAAAGAACAGUCAGAUUUCCAGGUAAGUUAUGGUUUACUUCUGUUGAUUUUCUCCUAAUCCGCAACAAGCAAAUAAUGACAAUUGUUUUAUCUUCCCUUCAUACAGGUAAAAAAAGACAUUGGAGCUGUUACAGAUGAACAGUUAUGUGAAUUGGUUAUGAGGGGGCAUUGGGGUCAUCAGGAGGGCGCAUUUGUCACAGCUCACAGGGUCUUUUACUUGAGGCGCAAGUCUUUGCUUCCUACAGAGAAAUAGUUGUGUGUGUCUCACUGUCAAUUCAGUAUACAAUGAUUGUGAUGUGGGGGGGAAAUGAAUUGGAUUUACACUUGUAUGCAAGCGAACUACGCCCGACAGUUUUUUUCCCUUUUUUGUGGUGAAGUCACUUUCUCAUUGAUAUGCACUGUCCGUACGACGGUUUUGGGUUCUUUCCAAAACCAGUACCCAAAUUCAUUUCGGUUGUUGAAGGAGUUAAAUGGUUGAAUCGGAUGUAGGAUGCAUCUUUUUCAGGUAACAUUUCAAUUAAUGCAAAGCUAUAUAUGGAGCUGCGAGUUCACGUUUUAAGUGUUAUUAUCGAGUCGGAUUGCAUGAGCCUGAUAUACAAGCUGCGAAACCCGGAUGUUAUUCAUGAUCAUUCACCUAAUUUUCUUAUUAAUCAAUUGCAGCAGGACAUUGUAACCGCGUUAUCUGAUUAAUAAAGCUGAGUACAAAUUCCUGUAAAAAAAAAAAGUGUGGUUAGUAACAGUUUGCAGUCAACUUAUAUGGACUUGAAAUAUGCAUAGGUUCAGAAUACCUUGAUAUUCCAAAAGAGACCAUUGAUACUCCAAAGAGACCAUUGAUACUCCAACAAAAGACCUCUCAGUUAUCGACAGAAAGCUCCGAUAUCAUAUGUUUAUAAUCGUUUAGUCCCAAUAAUUCAUUGGAAGAGGUUCCAUAAUGGAUAUUCAACCUUAGGAAGGAGAACGAAAUAGAUGCAUAACCCAAAAUUUGAAAAUUAAAAUUUAUACAAUCACUCUUUUAUUAAUUCUCAUUCGUUGAGUUGUUUUUCUUCUUCGUUUCUUUAUACCAACAAAUUGUAGUAAAUGUGAUCUACAAGGUAAAAUUCAUUUUUAGUAAUAAAAUAUUUCAUGCUCUAAUACCAUGUUGUAUCAUCGUCGCAAGACGUGUCCUGAAACAGUAAGACAACAACUAUGAUUUGAUUUCAUCCAUUGACUCAAAUGAAGGAUGGUUGGGUGAUUGUGCAUGUGCCACAUAAUUUAAAUGAAUCUGUUGCAGUUCUUCACAAAUAGGUUGCUGCAGAAACAUGUCCUUGAAAUUAUAUAUAUAUUUAUUUAUGAGAGGUUACUAACAUGAUGAUUAAUGAAAAGGAGUUCAAUUA